UAAUAGCUUAGUGACCUUGAGUGCAGUUUACCCUUACAAAUAAUAAUCAAACAAGAAAUAAUAUCAGUAUUUCAUCUCUCCUCACAAGGGAAUUUGAAACCAAAAGAGAGAAAUGGAAGGUAGAGAAGAGGUAAAAGAACCCAAACCCAGUUUCCCUUUAAGCUUAUGGGAACUAUCUGUAGCUUCAACGGUGGUGAUUGGUUUCCUUUUAGGCCUUGCCGGCGUUUAUCUCACCAUGCCUGCAUCUGAUUAUAGCCUCCUCAAAUUCCCCAGAAGCCUCGAAGAUCUUCAAUUACUCAGGGAUCACCUUGAAACUUACACAAGUGACUACACCAUUCAAGUGUUGGUGGGAUAUUGUGUAGUUUAUAUUUUCAUGCAAACUUUCAUGAUCCCUGGAACUGUUUUCAUGUCAUUGCUUGCUGGAGCUUUGUUUGGUGUGUUCAAAGGUGUAGCUCUCGUUGUUUUCACCGCUACUGCCGGUGCUUCUUCAUGUUAUUUCCUAUCGAACUAUUUAAUUUUAUUUUUUUUAGUUACCAAUUUGCUAACAGCGAUGGCUUUUAAAAUUGACAGAAUAGUAGCUCAAAGAAGAGAGUGUUUAUUGAAUUAUAUGCUUUUCCUAAGGCUUACACCGACUUUACCGAAUACGUUCAUCAACGUUGCUUCGCCUAUCGUCGACAUCCCUUACCGUAUUUUCUUCCUUGCAACUUUUAUCGGACUUAUCCCUGCUGCUUACAUUACUGUCAAGGCUGGAAUAGCUCUCGGCGAGUUACAAUCGGUAGGGGACCUUUAUGACUUCAAGUCAAUCGCUACUCUUUUCAUUAUAGGAGUUGUUUCCGUCACACCUACGCUUAUGAGCAAGACCAAAUCGUAAUGUUCGAUCGACCAUGCUUGCUUCUUGUACAUGGUACUUCAAUCUUCCAGGUAGUCAUCAGUGUUGCUUUUUGUAAUGCAAUGUGCUUUGGUUAAUGAAAUUCACUGCCAUACACCAUGGUCAUUUUCAGUCCAUAUGAGGAGAGGAACAUGAGAAGAAAUUAGGGAAAGGCUGUUACUUGUUUUGAUUUCAUUAGUGUUUUAGAAGCUGUAUAUCCUUUGAAGUUUUUUAUUAUUACCAAUGAAACAUCUUUCUUUCUCA